CGGCCGCCGCCAGUCGCCGGCGCGUCCGGGGGGCACAAAGGCCGCAGCAUGGUCCUGGUGCACGUCGGAUACCUGGUACUGCCCGUCUUCGGCUCCGUGCGCAACAGAGGUGCUCCCUUUCAAAGGUCUCAGCAUCCCCAUGCUACCUCCUGCCGGCAUUUCCACCUGGGUCCCCAGCCUCAGCUCUCUGCCGACUUCGCCCUGCCUCACGCGGUGCAGCCGCAGCCGGGGCUGGCUCCCCACAUGGCCCCGGCGCACCAGCACAGCGGCGCCCUGCACCAGCCCCUGACGCCGGUGCCUGCCCUGCCCUUCCAGGACGUCACCGGGCCCUCCUUCCUACCUCAGGCGCUACACCAGCAAUACCUCCUCCAGCAGCAGCUCCUCGAGGCACAGCACCGCCGGCUCAUGCCCCAUCCCAGGCGGGCCCAAGAGCGCAUGUCUGUGCAGCCUCACCGCCUACACCCCAGCUUCGACUUCAGCCACCAACUGCAGACUCCACAACCCAUGGGGCCCCAGCCCAGGUAUUUGGCAGAGGGCACGGACUGGGACCUCAGCGUGGACGCGGGGCUGACUCACGCCCAGUUCCAGGUCCGGCCGGUGCCCCAGCCCUAUCAGCAUUACUUGGCUACACCUCGGAUGCACCAUUUCGCCAGAAGCACAUCCUCAACCCAGAUGAUUGUUCAUGAAAUCAGAAAUUACCCUUACCCUCAGCUUCAGCUGCUUGCUCUUCAGGGACUGAACCCAAGCAGGCACACAUCCGCUGUGCGGGAGAGCUAUGAAGAGCUGCUGCAGCUGGAGGACAGGCUGGGCAGCGUGAGCCGGGGCGCCGUCCAGAACACCAUCGAGAGAUUCACCUUCCCCCACAAGUACAAGAAGAGAAGACCACAGGAAGGCAAAGCUGAGCAAGACGAUGGCGAGGAGUCAGAUACCGACGAGAAAUGCACAAUCUGUCUGUCCAUGCUUGAAGACGGAGAGGACGUCAGGCGGUUGCCCUGUAUGCAUCUCUUUCACCAAGUGUGCGUGGACCAGUGGCUGGCCACCAGCAAGAAGUGCCCGAUCUGCAGGGUGGACAUUGAAACACAGCUUGGCUCGGACAGCUGAAAAGACUAGCUGAGCACACCAUUUUCCUUACCAGGUCGUAUGGCCACAAACCCUUGCAGCAAAAUUUUUUGCCUUCUGAGCCAUUUGAUUGAGAGGGGAAGUCUGCAGGCACGUUAGUGAGGAGAAGGAGGUGGUGAUACAAUAUCUAGCAGUAGGAGAUGUUGCACAUAUAUGCAGGAUACAGGCACAGUGAAAGGGAGCUGGCAUUCCCGGAGCUCAGAGACCCCGUGCUGCAGAAGAUUUUAGUGUUGAAUAUGAAGGAACUAGUUGUGGUAGUCCGGCCUGUCAAUCCUGCUUUUCAUGGGGAUUGUAUAUAUACCUCUCAAAUAUGUAGAAACAUGUUAGGGGUCCUUUAGCUAUUUCUAUGGAUGGCAGCUGGAGCAUGUUAGCUUAAGAAAUGUUGUGUUUGAUGCCCUACUCAUCUUGUGGUGGACAUGUUGCUGUUACCUAAUUUGCACCAAAUAUUUUUUCAUAGAUUCCUUAUUUUGGUGCCUGAUUAAUACAUUGCAGAGGGGGAAUAAAGAGGUCAAACUUUCCCAUCCUCGGAGUGAGGGAAAGAGGAGAAAAAGCAAAAUCCUGUUUACAGUCAGAAGGGUUUGUGCUCUAUGCCUCAGCCGCGUGUGCUUCUUUCCUUGGCAUUUACAGUGUGUUGCAAAUUUAGAGAAGCUUAAUAAAAAUAAAAAUUGGGGAUAAAACGAACGAAGCAAUAGGGAAAGGCUUCGUUCCUGCUUGUCUGCUGGUGCUGGACACUUUCUGUAGUGGCACAGUAUUUGAGUAGAUGCUGUUUCUUUGCUUUCUGUAUUUUAACAAAGUAGCUUGUCAUAUCAAAAUCCAAGGAAGUUCUGUCUACAUGAUUGCAAUUGUCCGUGAUGCUUUCUUCUGUGAGCUGUGUGGCUGGUUGGCUUGGCCAGCACCACUCCAAAAUGAUGGUUAGAGGAGUCGGCGCCUACCGCUGUGCUUUGGGGUGUAAUAACACCGGAGAGAGGUGUGAAAUGUCAACUCUUCUCCCAUGGCAAAAGCACCUCCUGAUAACAGGAUGGAAGAAAACUCGAUGCCCACAAGACACUGCUGAGACCAGGAGCCCUUGGGUGCGGGAGGGAAGGCAGGGUGGAUGUGGGGCUGCCGUGACCCACCCCAAAGUGUAUCCACAAGGAGUAACCAGUGGUUGUUGAAAUGAAACUUAAUCACAUUAACACUCAAAACAGAAUUAAGAUGUGAUACCCAAAGGGGUGAGCUGUUAUGAUCCAUGCUUCUCCUGGAAAAAAAAAAAAACGACCUCAGCAUGCCAGCCACAGGGGUUGGGCGGAAAAUCCUCGGGAAAACUGACAUUCACAACCAAAACCUGUAGUUUUCUUUUUUCUUUCUUUUUUUUUUUUUUUUUUUUCUUUCAUACUAAGGGAGAAAGGAGCUGCAGAGGAGCAGCAGGGGAAUUAGAAACAUAAUCUAUUGAAAAUGUUGGUGUGGUGGGAAUGAUUUCUGGCUCCCCUGAGCAUCUGUUUCGCUGGAAAGAAAUGCUCUCCCAAGUCGAUUCAAUCAUAAACUAUCAUCUGAGAAACUGCAAGACUCUCAUGAGCUGUAACUGGAAAACACCAACCUCAGAGGCACAAGAGAUUUCCUUUUUUCCCCAGUGAGAGAGGGGAGAGAAGGAGAGAAGCCACACGUGAAGGUGCAGGAACCUCUCUCAUUGUGUUGCCCAUGCAGGUGGGAGGGAGUGGAAGGGGACAAAUGGUGACAUAUAGAGAAGACAAGGGAGAAAUUCUCGGCUGUGAGGGUGGGGAGGCCCGGCACAGGCUGCCCAGAGAACCCUGGAAAUGUUCAGGGAUGACAGCUGGUCUAGUGGAAGGUGUUCCUGCCCAUGGUGGUGGGUUUGGAACAAGAUGAGCUUUAAGGUCCCUCCCAACCCAAACCAUUCCAUGACUUUAUGACACAUUUGCCACCCAGCACAAGUGACGGCUUCUUGGGGAAUGUGGUGGUCCCAGCCCUGAUGUCCGUGGGUCAAGGGGUGGCCCAUGGAUACCUAUGGGUCUUGCCCCAUCAGCAUUGAAGCAGCAUUACAAAUAAUACUAAUAAUACUAAUACCAUGACAAGCAAAGCAAGGCUUUGGUGGUAAAAUACACUGAGCAGGUUUGGUCUGCCCAGGUGUGACCUGGAGGGGAGAAGAAGGGAGAGUAACAGGGGGAUUGACACCCCCACUGGGUGGGGAGGGAAUGAAGAACGCUUCUGGACUGUUUGUUUUCUUUUAAAGCCUAUGAGAAAGUGUUACUAUUUGCCUAAUAAACAAGCACAGUUUUUAGAAAAAAAAAAAUCGAUCAAACUUAAAAAAAAAAAAAAAGCCAAAUGAAAAAAAAAAAAAACAAGUAAACCUUUGGUGAAGAAAAGCACCAAACUCCCAUGGUCUUGUGAGAAUGACUGAUCCCAAGAUGCGUGUGAAUUUACAGUCUCUGGAUUUGUAUCGGUGUGUCAGGUUCCUUUGCGUUUAAAUAAUUUGUACAAGUAGGUUGCGAGUUAGAAUGAGUUUAAAAACAAAUCAAAAUGAACAUCUACAACAACAAAAAGAAUCUAGAAACAAAACAUCAAUAGUUUACAGGGUUUUGUGAGUUUAAAUGCCUUAUAUUUAACAAUCAUAAUUUAUGACUAACUUGUAGAUAUUGUGGGUUCUUAUUUAAUUAUUUUUAUAGUUGUUUUUUUGCAUUUUUAAUUAUAAUUUAUUUAUUUAGAAAUUACUACUAAUUUUUUUUAUUACUCCUAUUACCUCAUUUUUGCAUUGUUUCUGGGAAUGGAAUGCUUUGCAUGCAUCGGUACUUAAAAUAAAAUUAAACAGGGGAUGUGGGGGGUAAUGCUUAUCUUGUCAAAAACAAAAAAAGAAAAAAAGAGAAAAAAAUCAGGGUGUGUGAUUACAAACUGUAUUACUGUGGUGCUGUUACCUUGGAUACAUUCCAUAAAAAUGCAAACCUUUGAUUCUGUAUGCUGUGACAUAGUGGAAAACUGCAAUAUAGUGACUGUGUUUAGCACAUAUAUAUGAAUAUUAUUUGCACUCAUAAUCAAACUCUGGUGAUCCUUUCACUUGUGUCCUCGUUCAUUGAAGGCGGUUAAUGACGCUUUGCAUAAAACCAAAAUGUUUUGGUUGUUUCUUGGUACUGCCCUGUCCCCAAUGCCUCUGGUGAUGCUGCUGCUGCUGCUGCUGCUUGUGUGACCCUGCAAUAACACCCAGCAGGCCCCCACUGCAAGACUGUGCUUGGGGAAAUGCAUGCCUUUAAUGCAAGACUCUGCAAAUCGUGUAAAAAGCCGAGGAAGGAAGCCCAGGUGUGGUGGCUCUGUAAUUUUUGGCAUCUAUCAGUGCUCAGUUUGGCUCUUUCCACCCUCUGUGUGUGCGCCCAGCUGGGAUGAAGGAGGCAGUAGGGUGAGCCUGAGCUUGGAGGCAACAUAACUGAGGGAUUCAGUGCAGUUUUUAGGAGUUGACUUCUUUACUCAGAGGCUAGGAAGGCUCUGGCAUGGGUUUCCCAGAGAAGCUGUGUCUGCCCCGUCCCUGGACGUGUCCCAGGCUGGAUGGGGCUUGGAGCAACCUGGGAUAGUGGAAGGUGUCCGUGCCCGUGGCAGAGGUUGGAACGAGACGAGCUUUAAGGUCCCUUCCAGCCUGAACAAUUCUGUGAUCCUGUGACCCCACGUCCAGCUGAGAGUGGUUGGGAUGGACACGGGAUCCAUUUGCCAUCUCUUUGCAACGCCUGCCGCGAGCACUGGCUGUAACCCAGCUCUGAGACAUGCAUGACGCAGGAGCGCUUAACUCUGACUUUGACCAGUUGGUUUCAUCCCUCCUGUACAGGAGGGAGCCUCAAUUUGGAACUUUUUAAUCCAACGUAGAGCUGGGACCUGCCCCAGAGCCCUCCUGCCCCCAGGAAGGGGGUCAGCCCCAAACUAACAUGGCCAAGCAUCCCCAUCCUGCCAUGGCUGCUCUGCUCUUGCAAUGUGUUGCCCUUUCCCCAAAGGCUCCUGAGCACCACGUGUUCCAGCUUUGCCAGAAGGUUAGAGAACCUUUGACAGCAUUUUAAGCUUUAAGCCAUAACCAUGCUUGGUCAGUGCAGACAUUCAGCUGUGUGCAGACAGAAGUGGGGUUGGAUGCAUGUGCUCAGCCAGUAGCCAUCGUCCCCACAAAAAGGCUUUGGAUGAAAUUCUCGGUUGGGUUAGAAAAGGCACAAAAUCACAGUACCUUAAUUUUUUUCUCUCUGUCCCUUCAGGGUGCUGCGCUGCUUUGUUGACUUUGCCUUACCCCGGGUUUUAAACCUGUCUGUGUUUUUUACCUUGCUGCUCUGUAACACUCCUCCCCUGUAGCCUGGAGCUGUGAUUUUGAGCUGUGUGGGGACAGGGGGGUUGGUUGUCCUCCCCCUCAAAGUCACUGUAAGAGGGAUAAGCAAAACAAGGAGCAAGUAAACAAAACCCCCUCUCCUUUAAUGACCCGGGCAGGUGAAAGGAUCACCCACAUUUUUGUAUUCCUACUGCUGUUCUGUUGUGCUGUGCAACAUUUUGCUACAUAGACUAUUUUAUAGAAGAAAGCUAGAAAAAUAUUUAUUAUUAAUAUUAAAGCAAUAGUGCAUUGAAGAAAUGGAAAGACAUUAGAAAUUGUGUAAAUGCUUAGAUUCACUUUUGGUGGAUUUUUUGUACUUUAUUUAUAACUAAUAAAACAAACCACAUUGCUAACUAUAAACCUGUGCCACGCAGGGGCCACCUGGCAAAGGC